GCAAUGAAUAUGCGUGAUGUUCCAUAAUGAAUUUUUAUCAGUGUUAAAAUUUAAAACUAGAAAAUAAAUAAUAUUACCUACUUAUAAUUGUUUUAAGAAUUCUAAAAUAAAUGUGUGUCCUUAGUGUUUAUAUGUAGUUAUUGUAAACCUGUCCUUAUAAUGGGUCUCAUUACGUCUUGUUGUAAACCCUCAGCUUCAGAUGUAAUAACGCCAGAUUCUGAGACAAGACGUCGGCAGCAGGUUGAAGCUGCGGAGCGACGACGCAAGCAGGAGGCUGCUAGGGGUGUGAAAGACCCUGAAAGAGUUAAGCGCAUGCAGCAAAAGUCCCUGGAAAUAGAACAGAGGGAGAAAGAGAUGCAGCAGCAGGGAGGAGCAUCAUUGAAGUGGACGACUGAAUGAGAUGAGGUUCAGGGUGGUAGCCAGACCCCCUCAGAAAAGUAUAAAUAUAAAAACUGAUAAUUUUGUUACCUGCACUUGUGUGUAGCAUAAUUUAUUCUUCUAAUUUUCUAUUCAGAUUUUCGCCAACCUUUACUAUCUGGUCUGCAUUUUCCCGUUCAAAAUAAUUAUAUUUAUAUUGUAAUAUUUAACACGAAAAAAAUUGUUAUAUUUUUAUCAUUAAGUUUAUAUAAAAAUAUAAUUAAGCACUGAAAAGACUCUAACAUUAUGUACUAUAAGUCAUUAUUAAGUUGCCUUUUUUGUUAAAUAUAUUAUAUACAUUUAGGUUAGUAUAAAAAUUGUGCAAUAUUGUUAUAAUGUUACAGUGGACCUAAAAGAUACCCUUGGAACAUUCCCAGUUGUCUUUCAUAAUAAUGUUAUUUUUAUUGCAAUUCAAGUUUUAUUACUUAAAGUUUCUUUUGUGUUUGUGUAAGUCAGUAUACAAAUAAAAUUGUAUUUUGUACUCUCAACGAUUAUAACUUAAUUUUAUGAAAAAACCACAUAUCAAAAGCGCUUGUUUGAUCUAUUCAUAGUUAAAAUAUCGGUUUGUUGCUGCAGUCUUGUUGAUAUUUGAUUUCAUUAAUGUUUACGUUCACAAAUUAUAAUGAUCGGUUUGUUAAUUGUUUAUAAUUAGAAUAUAAGAUACGAAAUAUAAUUAUUCUUGUAUUAUCUUCUUUCCCAAGUUUGACUCGAAUUUUAAUUAAUAAAAUAGUAGUCCUAUAAUAUAAUGAACAACGCAAUGAAAUAAAACAGACCGUAUUUUUGUACAUUAUUUUUCUAAUAAAUUUCUUAAGUGCUUAACUUAAAAAUAGAUCUCUAAAUAUUAAUCGAUGUAUCCUUGUCUACGGUAGUAUUAAAUUAAUUGUAGUCUUAUAUUAAAGUCCGUUAUAUUUAAAUCUUGGAUUUUCAAAUCUUCAGGACCAAUUAAAAUGAUUGAUUGUGUAUUUAUAUUAAAAUAAACCAAAAUAUUUUUUUUCAUUUGACUACAAAAUUGUUAAAUGAUAGCAAGCAUGUUAAAAGCAAUGAAAUAAAUAAUUUGUGGAUUAGUGUACUGUGUAAUAUUGGUGGUACAGAAACUCAUCAUACGCUGCUUCAUUUCCCGCGGCCGUCGGAUGAUUCGUCUCGAUCGGCACUCGAACCUCCGCCGCGCAGCGCUCGAAAGCACACCAUGCCAUCCGGCCAUCUGACCGCAAAUCACGUUGCGUUGCCCGCGUGACAUCACACCUCUGCCGCCACACGCUAGUGUUGUUCAGUGUCGGGAUGCGCAACAUAAUUUAACACUUUGUUCGCAUACUUCGCUUACGGUAACUAACCCGGAUAGUUCAACGGUGUUAUAGGCAACCGCGCGUGUUGUUGUUAAAAACGCUCAAGGCAACGAAAUUUUGGUUCGCGCUUUGAUUGGCAAAGGGUCCAUGAAUGACUUUGUUACUUUUCAGUUGUGUAAUUGUUUGAAUAUAAAUAAUGUUGCCGAUGAUACGUUUUCCGAACCUGGAGAGGUGGAAAUGCUUAUUGGCGCGCAACUGUUUCCUCGUUUGCUUUUAAAAAGUCACAUUCAGGGUCCACCUGGUACUCCUGAUGCGAUUCAGACUAAGCUCGGAUUUAUUUUGAUGGGAUCUGCGCCCAUAUUACACGUUCCGAUUAUUUCGAACGCUCGCGAAUAUUCGCGUGUGAUGUCGCAUACUUUAUGCGCUGUUACUACUACGCAACCACUUCUCUUUUGAGAAAAUCUUGGGAGAAAGUAACCAAAGUGUGGGACCGCAAUACAGAAAUAGAUCGUAUUUUAAGAUAAAUAAUGCAAUUGGAAACUCGACACAAAAAGCAAGUAAAAAAUUCAAGAGAAUCAAAAUAAAAGUAUGUCAGUUGGCUGGAAGAGAAUGGUGCACAAUUUGAAGGUGUGGAAAUAUCAGCAUUUGAUGGAUAUGACCUAGGAAUGAAGGCACUAAAAUAUUUUCCAGAUGAAUCAUUGAUCCUUACAAUUCCUGAUAAAGUGAUGAUGACUGAACAAGAUGCGUAUAAUUCGGAACUUAGU